CCGGAAGUGACGUGCGAAAGCCGGGCUCAGCGCUGUGGAGGGGCGCCGCCACCAUGGGCCGCGAGUUUGGGAACCUGACGCGGAUACGGCACGUGAUCUCCUACAGCUUGUCGCCCUUUGAGCAGCGCGCCUUCCCGAACUAUUUCAGCAAAGGCGUCCCCAACGUGCUGCGCCGCACCCGCGAGCGCAUCCUGCGCGUGGCGCCGCCGUUUGUAGUGGUCUACCUGAUCUACACAUGGGGCAACCAGGAGUUUGAGCAGUCCAAAAGGAAGAAUCCAGCCAUGUAUGAAAACGACAAGUGAGCAGCGUGCACCUGGAUGACAGUCCCCUGCCUCUGGAAGACCCUUCUCUGGGAGAGUAAUCUACACUGUAGUCUUGAAGACAAUAAACUUCUUAAGAACUCCC